AUGUCCCGACGGUUUCGAGAUUUCGAUACCGAUUUUAGGAUUCCGAUACAAAUUUCAGGAUUCCGAUACAGAUUUCAGAAUCCCGAUACGAUUCGAAACGAGACGAUAGCGGUUUCAGGAUUCCAAUACCGAUUUCAGGAUUCCGAUACCGAUUUCAGGAUUCCGAUACCGAUUUCAGGAUUCCGAUACCGAUUUCAGGAUUCCGAUACCGAUUUCAGGAUUCCGAUACCGAUUUCAAGAUUCCGAUACCGAUUUCAGGAUUCCGAUACCGAUUUCAGGAUUCCGAUACGAUUCGAUAUCACAGUUAUACAUCUAUAG